AUGUCAUUAAAGCUGAUCAAAAUUGAUCAACAACAAAAUCAUUCAAAUCAACCAUUACAAAAGAUAAUUAUUAUACCUGAACGAACAUCAUCAACUACUAGUCGUCAACAACAACAACAACAGAAUCAACAUCAACAACAGAAUCAACAUCAACAACAACAACAACAACAACAACAACAACAACGGUCAUCAAGCCGUUGUAGUAGUAGCAAUAAUAGCCUAUUAUUUGGCAAUGAAAUUGGUUAUCCAGAUGCAACAAAAUUAGAUGAUUUUAUCAGCAAUGAUUCCUUUCUACAGAAUCUUAAAGUUCGUUUUUUAAAUAAAAAAAUCUAUACAUGCAUCGAAUCAACUGUGAUAGCAAUCAAUCCAUAUGAAUCACUGCCAUUAUAUUCGGCUGAAGUGAUUGCCGCAUAUGAACAUCAUAACAUAUUGUCACUACCUCCACACAUGUAA